AUGCAGACUGCUUUUAAAAACAUUUGUGAAAGACUGUUCAAUAAGUCCAUCUGUGAAAUUUCCUUGCUAAUAAAUAUUCCACGGUCAUCUGUUAGUGGUAUUAAAACAAAGUGGAAGCAAAUGGGAACAAUAGCAACAAAGCCACAAAGUGGUAGGCCACGUAAAAUGACAGAGCGGGAGUCUUCGCAUGCUGAAGUCACCAAUGUCUGCAGAGUCAAUAGCUAAAGACUUCAAAACUUCAUGUGGCCUUCAGAUUAGCACGACCACAACAACAGAGAGCUUCAUUGAAUGGGUUUCCAUGGCCGAGCAGCUUCAUCCAAGCCUUAUAUCACCACGUGCAAUGCAAAGCGUCGGAUGCAGUGGUAUAAAGCACGCCACCACUUGACUCUAG